AUGUCAUCUUCAACGAGUCAUUCCAUUGCGGCCAAGGCGGAGAGUGCCAGAGACAUGAUCGACAUGGUCGACACAACCGCUAAGCUCUCGGAGAUGUUGGACACCCUGGAGGGGUUGCCAACUGAACCACCUUCGCUCUACUUCGACCUCGAAGGCGAGAAUCUCUCGAGGCAUGGAAGUGUCUCCAUCCUCCAACUCCAUGUCCUGCCAAGCAGUCGAAGGUACCUCGUCGAUGUCCAUACUCUCCAGCAUACGGCCUUCUCCACGUGCGGGGAAAAUGGCCUCACCCUCAAGGAGCUACUCGAGUCUGAUGGGAUCCUGAAGGUCUUUUCGAUUGGGUUGUCGAGAUGUAUCGAGAGAGGUGCGUGUCUGCUGGCAGCGGAGCUGGCUACCUGGAAGGCCGUGAAGGAUGCCGGCGUCAAGCUAUUCUCUCCAGACUACGGCGGCAGCUACACUGUCUUCGUAGAGCGCCCGCUCUGCGAUGCCAUCAAACUGUACUCUGCCCAAGACGCCCAGAUCCUGCCUCGGCUGUGGUCUCAAUACAAUACCCGAAUGACACCUGUGUGGACUAGGAAAGCGCACGAGACUUCGAAGGAGAGGGUGGCCCUAUCGCAGACAGCGACCUUUAAUGGCAAGGGGAGGCACAUGGCCCUGGCUCCACCUGGGUGGCACUGA